UAAAAAAAGAACAAAUGAUUUCAAUUUAUAAUAAAUCUGAACAAAAAAUAUCAGAUAAUCAGCAAAUAAUUAAAAUAUCAUAUAAAGAUAUGCUUGAGGAGUGUGCUUCAAUACAUAUAUCAACCGAAAACGGUCUUCCAAAACAUAUUUGUUUUUAUUGUUCGAAAUUGUUACAACAACUUUAUAAAUUACGAAUUCAGUGUGUUAUCUCAGAUCGAAUAUUAAAAAAAUGUUUAUUAAAAUCAAAUGAUAAUUCAUCAAUUAUGGUUGAAAAUGAUUCAACCGAUGGUUUUGAUUAUCAACUUGCGGAUAUUAAAUCAGUUUCUUCAAAUAGUGAUAUUGAAGAAAUUAUGAUUGAAGAACAUUUAGAUAAUAUGUCUGGUGAACAAAUUAUUACUAAAACUAAAAUGUCUUCCGAUAUAGAUCAAACUGAAUUAAAUCAAAUUAAAAUGUCUUCUAAUAUAGAUCAAACUAGAAUGUCUACUGACUCAAAUCAGAAUGACGUACAUCAAACUAAAAUGUCUUCCGACGUAAAUAGAACUAAAAUGUCUUCUGACGUAAAUAGAACUAAAAUGGCGUCUAACUUAAAUGAAACUAAAAUGUCCUCCGACGUAAAUGGAACUAAAAUGGCGUCUAACUUAAAUGAAACUAAAAUAUUAAAUAAAGAACUAAAAUGUAAAUCGUUGUAA